AUGACUAUCACAACAAAGAUUGCUGGUGAAGCUGGUACUCCAACUUUCCGUGUAUAUUUCUUGAAUGGUGAAGCCGUUGUCUCUCCAUUCCACGACGUUCCACUCUGGGUCAAUGAGAAGGCUGCCGUCGCCAAUAUGUUGGUCGAGAUUCCACGUGGAACCAACGCCAAGAUGGAAAUCUCCACCAAGGAGUUGAUGAACCCAAUCAAGCAGGACGUCAAAGACGGUAAAUUGCGUUUCGUUCACGAUAAAUAUCCAUUCAACUACGGUGCACUCCCACAAACCUGGGAGAACCCACACCACGUCCACCCAGACACCGGUGCCAAGGGUGACAACGAUCCCUUGGAUGCCUGUGAAAUUGGAUCCGCUUUGGGUGCCCAAGGUGAAUUCAAACAAGUCAAGAUCCUCGGUGUCUGGGCAAUGAUCGACGCCGGUGAAACCGACUGGAAGAUCCUCUGUAUCGAUACCAAAGAUCCAGUUGCCGAUCAAAUCAACACCAUCGAAGAUGUCGAGCGUGUUUUGCCAGGAAAGAUCAAUGAAGUAUUCACUUUCUUGCGUGACUACAAGAUCCCCGACGGAAAGGGACCAAACAAUUUCGCUUUCGACGGAAAGUUGCUCGACAAGGAAUUCGCCAUUAAAAUCACCAACGAAACCAACCAAGAAUGGAAGCAAUUGGUUUCUGGUAACACUGAAUCACCACUUGCCAUUGAAUCAACCUUGACCGAAGGUGUCAAGAAAUCUGUCUGCGGUAAAGAGACCAAAUCCAAGUUGUCAUUAUGA